UUACAUUCCGUAGAAAGGCUGCAGCAAGGCGGAAGAAGGAGCUCUUGUCCAGAUUCAGCUGAGAGGACUUGUAUGCUUGUGAUACACAACUUAUUUUUGGUCUAUUUUUUUUUUCAGUGACAAGUUGGCUGUCUCCUUUUUCUUUUUGUUGUUUUCCUUUUCUUGGUUUUUAAUGAGUGGCGUGCUGAAGCCGGAGGUGAACAGAGAAGUCUUUUCACAACUGUCAAGCCGGGUCAUUGCUCAAAAAACUCUGUCAUAUGUAUGUGAUUAAGCUGCCAAGCAACUAGUGAGCUCCCGUAUGAAAAGCAGGAAGCUGGGAUCUGCAGGCUACUACUCUACACCACGGACAGUUGACAGGCCAGGCUUUAUUUUCUAUUCCUCACUUGUGAUUUUUCUAUGGUGUGACUUUGUGGAGACUCUUUUUGGAGCUCAGUACAGGAGACGUAUUUUAUAGAAUAUUUUUGAAAUCCUCAUUCCUUGUGUGUUGAGAAGUCACUUCUCCUUGGAUUUAAAUGGCCGUUUUGUCCGCUCUCAUUCAGAAGAUCUGCUGAUCCUGAGGUUUUUUCCCUUUUUUUAUUUUUUUAAACUUUGUUGCUCUAUGGACAUGGAAGGGAAAGACAGCAUUACUAAAGAGCCAAAUUCUCCAGCAAAUUCAACGAGCAGUUCUUCACCAUCUGUGCGCAGUAAAUUUUCCAUUAAGUCUUUUUUUGGAAUCGCUACAAAGUUGGAAAAUACGAAGCCCAAAGAGGAAAGUGCUGUUCUCAAAGCAUUUCGCUCACUAGGAAAUAAAGCCGAAGAGCAGACUAACCAACUGGAUGAGGUUGAGGCUGAAAAUGGUGAACUCCUAAGGCAAACAGACACCGUUGUGGAUGGUGCAGAGAAACCUAAGGAGUUAACAGAACAAAUUGAAGAUGAACAAAUUAGCCAGGAAGCACAAAUUAUAAGUGAAGGGGAUUUACACCUUAAGGAGGAUUCACAAGUCUCCAGAGAACAAGGUAAAAGUGACGACUCUGAGGAGGAAAACAAAGAGCUUCAUCCACAAAUAGAUAACCUGGGAGGGACAGAAGCUCAGGUUUUACAAGAGCAAGAGGAUGAAAAGAAGGGAGUGUACACAAAGCGUCUGAAAGCUUCAGACAUUUGUGAGGAUGCUAAGUCUGAGAUGAUCUCCACAUCAGACUCGGCACUAGCCGAAACGGACUGUGACCAGGAUGGUAUGCUGGUACGUGGUACUCUAGUUAACAUCUCAAGUGAUUCCGAGUCGGACGGCGAAGGCUCCAAGCAAGAUAGAUGCCAAAAAGAAACAAAGACUUCUAUGUCCAAGCUUUUAUCUAAUUCUCAAGUAUCAUUGAACAAUGGCCCCAAGCAGGAACCAGAAUUGCAAAAGACUAAAGGUACUACUGUUAGCAUUGAGAGAGAGGGCCAGCCUGAGCUGGACCUAAACAGGCCAGAAAAUGAAGGGACCACUAUAGAUGAGAAGAGGGUUGCUGACGAAAAUAUAGGAGGGAGUAGUCCAGUUUCUCAAACGCCCGUCCCUGUUGCCAAUACUCCAGAUGAGAAGCCAUUCCAGCUCCCUGCCAUUUUUAGUGGUUUUCAUGUGCACAAAAAGGGGACCUCUACAGAUGACCUAGAAACAGUUGAGGUGAAACAAGGCGAUAGUGACUUGGCUUUGCUAAAACUUUCCCAACCUGUGCAAAAAUCCAAACUUCCAAACGGGGCUGCGAUCCGGAAAAAGGAAGUAAAGUCACCAGUGGAGCCUAAAGCAAGCUCCAAAUUCAUGGAGCAACUUUCCCAGCUGCUCAGCUUUGACUUGCCAAAGCAAGACGAGAAGGAGGAGGAUUCACUUCCAGGUCAAACUGAUAAUGGUGACCAAGACACUCCUGUUGCAGAGGAGAAGCCAGAGUCUUCUGCACUGGAAGCAUUUAAGUCUUUCUUCACAGGUGCUUCAAAGAAGGCCGCACCACUCGAGCCUCUUGAUCUAGAGGCUGUGAAGCGGAAGCAAAAGACUGAGAAGGAAUCGUUGAAGUCUAUCUUUGAAAAACCCAAAUCCAUAGAUGCUGACCAGGCUAUUGACAGGAAUCCAGACCAUAGUCCAUCUGACCCAGAGGAUCGAACCCCCGGGAGAUUGCAGGCUGUGUGGCCACCGCCGAAACCAAAGGAUGAGGAGGAGAAAGUGGGUCUGAAAUAUACGGAAGCAGAAUACCAGUCUGCUAUCUUACAGCUGAAGAGGGAGCACAAGGAAGAGUUGGAAAGUCUGAAGUCACAAUUUGAAGUUGAAAUUUUUAAUGUACGAGGAGAACAGGCUGUCCAAACAACAAGACUGGAGGAAACCAUACAGAACCUACAAGAGGAAUUGGAAAAUAGACAAAAUAAGGGAAAGGGUCAAGUCACGGAUGCUUGUGUUUCAACCGAAGAUGACAACAUACCAAAGACAUUCCGCAAUGUUUAUAUACAGACUGACAGAGACACCUUUCUAAAACCCAGUAAUGAGGAGACCAAAACUCAAAAGAACAACCACAUACUUCCUAAGAAGUUGAACAUCCCAUCACUGAAUCAGAGCCUAGUAAGCCCUGCAGAAACUCAGGAUCCAUCUUUCAUUGUGCCUCCACCACCUCCCCCCCUUCCCUUUUCCCUGGGAGAUCAGUUCAAACCACCCCCAGCUCCUCCUUUUGCCAGUUCAGAUUCCAUUCCUCCACCUCCACCUCCACCUUUGCCUGGUUUUAGACCUCCUGCGCCGCCUCCACUACUUGGCUUUGGGCCCCCACCUCCGCCACCAUUACCUAAUUCUGGCCCACCGCCGCCGCCACCACUUCCAGGCUCUGGUCCUCCUCCUCCACCACCACUACCAGGUGCCGGUCCUCCUCCACCACCACCACCUCCAGGAUCUGGUCCUCCACCACCUCCUGGUUCAUUCUUUGGGGGAUUUUUAUCAAGACAAAUGCCACCCCGCAAACCCCCAAUAGAACCUGGUUGUCCCAUGAAGCCUCUUUACUGGACAAGAAUACAGCUUAAGACCAACAGUGCCAAGUCUAACUUGUGGGAUUCGUUGAAGGAGCCACCAAUUGUAGACACCAAAGAAUUUGAAGACAUGUUUUGUAAAGCCAGUGUUCAGCAGAAGAAAAAGCCAUUAUCAGAGUCUUAUGAGAAGAAGACAAAAGCAAGAAAGAUUAUAAAAUUGCUGGAUGGAAAGAGAUCGCAGGCCGUAGGAAUUCUAAUAUCCAGCUUACACCUUGACAUGAAGGACAUUCAGCACGCUAUCUUAAAUGUAGAUGAUUCGGUUGUGGAUCUAGAAACAUUAGAAGCUUUGUAUGAAAAUAGAGCUCAGAAGGAGGAACUGGAAACUAUCAAAAAGCAUUACGAAACCUCUGCAGCAGAAGAUGUGAAGCUGCUAGACAAACCUGAACAGUUCUUGUAUGAGCUUUCUCAGAUACCAAAUUUUACAGAAAGAGCGAAGUGCAUCAUUUUCCAGUCUGUCUUUGACGAAGGAAUGGGCUCAGUUCAUAAGAAAAUUGACAUGGUCACACAGACCUGCACAAACUUAUUGGGAAUGGAUGGUGUAAAAGACAUUAUGGGCUUGAUUCUUGCAUUUGGAAACUACAUGAAUGGAGGCAACCGGACACGAGGGCAAGCAGAUGGAUUUGGGCUGGAAAUUCUACCAAAACUAAAAGACGUCAAAAGUAGGGAUAAUGGACUCAGCCUUGUUGAUUAUGUGGUCCGAUAUUAUCUGCGACACUUUGAUAAGGAUGCUGGGACAGAUAAGAGUCUCUUUCCUUUGCCCGAGCCACAAGAUUUCUUCCUGGCUGCACAGGUGAAGUUUGAGGAUGUGGAAAAAGACUUAAGAAAGCUCAGAAAAGAUCUAGAAGUAUGUGAGAAGCAAGCAAGUAUGGUAAUGAGUGACUCUCCAGAGGAUCAUCUCCAGCACUUUAAAGACAGAAUCCAGGAAUUUAUUCAGAAAGCCAAAGAUGAACAUAAAACUGAGGAACAUAAUCUAAGCAAAGCACAAAUCAGCUUUGAAGAAACCAUUGGAUUUUUUGGAGCCAAGCCAAGGUCUGGUGAGAAGGAAGUCAAUCCCAAUUCCUUCUUCGUGGUGUGGUACGAAUUCAGCACCGACUUCAAGGCUGUGUGGAAACGAGAGAGCAAAGUUUUCUCCACAGAAAGGCUUCGUCUGGCUCAGGAGACUGUGACUAAAUUGACUGCAGAAAAGAAAGUGGAAACUAAAAAGAUUAACCCAGCGGCCAGUCUGAAAGAAAAACUACGGCAGAAAGAAGCAAGUGUCACCAACAACUGAGCUGUGACCAUAUGUGUCAAUCGCCGAUAUAAUGAGAUGCCAUGUCGGAAGCUCACAACCUGCCUGACAAAACAGAGAUUAAUCCCUCCUGACUGAAGCUAAGACCUCUACUUUUAUACAGACCUACCGUAUAUAUGUAAAUAGACAUCAGUAGUUAACAUGGCCCCUGUCAAGUGUAGGGGCCCUAUAUAGCUCAUGUGUAUAAACUCCGAGUGGGGGAGAAAGAGAAAGCUUUAAAUAGGCAAAUAGGUUUAGUAAAAUAAUCUGGACUGUUUGUAAUCCCAUAUGAAGGAUUAAACCUAUUUGCUACAAUUGUUUUAAAUUCUGUUCUUUUUUUUAAUGUGCAUAUGUAUAUUCUUGUAUAGAAUAUUUGAGAUAAAUAUAUAAAUCUAAAUCUAUUUAUGUAUGUAAGCAGGAUAAUAUCUGUUAAUAAAUGCUCUCCGUGUGUUCAAUAUAUAGUUGAGUUGUACAGACUUUGCCAGAUGACUGCUUUGUAGCUGGUUCAUGAAGGUUGCAGCCAAGUAUAUAUGUGUUUUUGUUUCUGUUCUUCUUUUACCCUCAAUAUUCAUUGAGCAGCUAAAAAUCUUGCACUACAUUAAUGUUAUGUUUUAUGUUGCUUUUAUAUUCGUACAUAUGCAGAUGUAGGGAGGUUUAGUGACCUGCCUGUGGACUGGAGGAUGUGUGGCACCAAUGAGGUGGCUCUUCAUCGCACGCAAAGAUACAUUGAACCCCACUGUUGUGCACUAUUUGCCCUUUGAAUGACUUUCCCUAAGUUGCAUUCAUUCAGUUUGGAUUGUCUUAUUGGUUUUUCUUAAAGUACAAUAUGGAAUAUUCCACCAAACCUGAUCAAUCCUACUCUAAUUAAAAGGGUGAAAGUAAAAGUGUUAGCGGCAAUGUCCACUGUGUCUUCAAGAAUAAGUCAAAGUGGUCAAAAACCACUAUACUGCGGUAUUGUACAUUCUCAUUAGUAGAGAAGUGGCUGCCGUCCACUUUCUCAAAAAUGUAUGAAUGCAGCCCCCUGACAUGUUUCAGAAAAAAAUCAUGCAGCCUCUUUAGGACCUUCUGGCUGCACCGAAACAUGUCGUGGGGGCUGUAUUUAUAAAUCUAUAACUGAGAGACUAUGUCUUAUAAGAUGGUAAGAAAUUGAACGGCAUCACUCGUGUAUGUGGUUUGUGGCAACUUUUAGUUAUCCUUGAUGACACAGUGGGCACAGCCACUAACACUUUUGCUUGUACCCUCUUUAUUAGUGUAGGAUUUCUGAGGUUUUAAAAAGAAUUAAAGGCUAUGAACACCUUCGGGGGCAUAUUUUAUUAUUGCAUUUUACUCAUUUUGGAAAUUAAAAAACAAACAAAAAUGCAUUGUUUUCAAUUGGUCUUUAUUAAACAUUUUCAGCAGUUUUCGUCAUUAAGGGUGAAGUUUUAAAAGAUUUUUCUAAGACUUUAAUACUGAUGACCUAUCCUCAGAUUAUUAUAGGUCAUCAUUAUCUGAUCAGUGGGGGUCUUUUGAGAAGGCACCAGCACUGUGAGC